CUUGCGCCUUCCGUCACUGUACCUGCAGCUCGCGACUUCGCGUUUCUUCACUCACUCACUUCCCUUCCCUCCCCUCCCACCACCAAACAUCCACAACAUGCCGCCCCGGAAGAAGGCAAAGGCGAGUGCAGCUUCAACGCCUCUGCGCGACACUCAGCCCCAAACACCCCAAGAUUCUGGCGUUGUGCAGUCGCAAGAUGAGCUGCUCAGCGACCCGUGGGCCGACGAGCAGGAGACACAGCUUCUGAAAAGCAUGAUGAAGUGGAAGCCGACGGGCAUGCACAAGCACUUUCGCAUGAUUUCCAUCCAUACCGACAUGCGCUCGCACGGCUUCGCUAGUGACGACGCUCCUCACACGCGCAUUCCCGGUGUCUGGAAGAAGCUGUCGCAGCUAUACGAUCUGGACGCCCUCGAUACGCGCGAGAACGAGUUCGCUUUCUCCGAAGACCCCGACCCGCUAGACCCCGACGACGCCAACCACAUGCCCGAAUUCGAGCUGCCAGAAGACGACUAUGGCAAGCUCAUGUGGGACCAGCGCUUCCAUCGUGAAUCUUCUGCCGCCGACUCAUCGCCACCUAUGACGCCUAUCCAAAAAUACAAAGACCUCUAUGCGCCAGGCAUCGGCCUGCUAAAAGACCUCCCAGAUGGCGUGCACUCGCAAAAGGCUGAGAGUGUGACUGAAGCUACACCCGUACCUAAGAACGCAAAGAACACAAGGACUGGAAAAGCUACAAAGGGCGGAAAGAAUACCAAGGCUGGAGCCAAUGCUGCAAAGAACAGUAAGGCCCAGAGCACCGUAUCUGAAUCCGCAGAAGAAGAGGAUGAAGAUGAUGACGAUGAGGAAUCUAGUCCCGAGUCCGAAGAAGACAGUGCGCCGACCACUCGCAGAACGAAUCGCGCGAAACCAAAGCCAGCGCCAAAGAGAACAAGAAAAAGGUAGACAACUGCAAUGUGGGCUUGGGCAAGGCGUUUGGAUUUAUUGAUACCCGGGUUCCGUGUGUUCUGUCGCAACAACACUUGAGCACGUGGAAGAGAAGCGUUUGAUCGUUCUCGAAUACACGUGUCAUUCGUACCGCCUCAGGUGAUUGGUCGAUCACAUCUCACAGCAUUGGGCG